CCGAUUGAGAGAAACAACCGGGGAGCUCUCCAUUCACCCGUGUUCUUCCAGCGCCUCUGUAUUGUACCUUUUUGUUUGUCAGCCUUCCCUCGUAUCCGCGGUGACUUGCUGAACCAGAAUGGCGCAGUGUUAGGCUGAAACCCGAAAUAUGAAACUCUGGUCUGCAGCUUGUGAGUCAGGACGGGACAACAGAGGAGCUUUGCAACGAGCAUCAUGUGGUGGGCUUCCCCCUUCCUGCCUGCCAUGGUGUUCCUCAGUGCUGUGGGGAACGUUCACACAGCUCCAUGCCAGACCUGCAAGAAACUCACUGAGAGUUUUCUCAAGGGGUUAGAGAGAACCUCCAACAAGAACUUUGGUGGAGGAAACACAGCCUGGGAGGAAGAGAAGCUCGCCAAGUAUGCCAGAAGUGAAACCCGUCUCCUUGAGAUCGUGGAGUCAGCGUGUGAGAAAGCAGAUUUUGAAUGCAACCGCUUGCUGGAGCAGAUAGAGGAUCAGGUGGAGACGUGGUGGUUCCACAGGCAGCAGGAGGCACCUGACCUGUUUGAAUGGCUCUGCAUUGAGGAGCUGAGACUGUGUUGCCCACCUGGGCGCUUCGGACCUGAAUGCAAAGAAUGCCCAUCUGGUUCCGGUGGAGUCUGUGGUGGUCUCGGCCGUUGCGAAGGCGAGGGGACCCGCCUCGGCGAUGGCGAGUGUGUCUGUGACCCGGGGUACUCGGGUGAUCUGUGCCAGAGCUGUGCUGACGGCUACUUCAGAGAGAGGAGCGUGAAUAACUCCGCCGGGGUUUGUUCAGCCUGCUACCACUCGUGUAAAAAGUGCUCCGGACCGGAGGACUAUAAAUGUCUUGACUGCAAACCCGGGUGGCUCCUUCAUGACAACAAGUGUGUCGAUGUGGAUGAGUGUGGUACUGAACUGGCUCGCUGUCUUUCCAACACCUACUGUCACAACACCGACGGGUCCUAUGAAUGCCGAGGCUGUGACCAGGCCUGUGUGGGCUGUAUGGGGAGUGGUCCCGCCCGCUGUAAGAAGUGUGCACGGGGCUAUAAACUAAAAGGAGCCAAGUGUCUUGAUAUCGAUGAAUGUAGUGAAGGUGCGAUAGCCUGCCCCGGACUCAAUGAAGCCUGCAUCAAUGAGGUGGGCUCCUUUCACUGCGACUGUGCCGACGGCUUCAUCCGCAGAGACAGCAUUUGUGUGGAGAACAAACCUCCAGCUGGUCCGGAGAAGGGCCUGUUUGACGACAUGACGGACGAUGAGGUCCUGGUACUGCAGCAGAUGUUCUUCGGCGUCGUCAUCUGCGCCCUUGCCACUCUGGCGGCUAAAGGGGACAUGGUUUUUACCGCCAUUUUUAUUGGCGGCGUAGCAGCCAUGGCGGGCUACUGGCUGACGGAGAAAGGGGACGACAUGUUGGAUGGAAUCUUGAAGGGACAAUAAUGGAGGCUGAGUCUAUCAGGGAUUUGACUUGAAGGGCUCCGGUCAUUUUUAGCACUGACUUCCUGCUGGUGACUUGAGAGGACGGCUGAUUGUUGAAGUCUAUUAUGCAUUUGGAUGUGUUAAUGCUAAAGCUCACAAUCAAAGACUUUGCCUUCUUCACGCCCAUUAUUUAUGCUUUUUAAUGGCCAGGUGUAAAGUUUUCCAUCUUUCAUGAAGGGAUGCAUGCAAGACUUGGGUUAGCAUUAUGGACUCUAUUAUUUUCCUUAGCAUGGGAAACCAAAACUCCACCCACAUCACCACUAUUUAUUAUUUUGUGUGUCAUCUAGUCAUGGAAAUGCAAGCCAUUUUAUUGUCCAGAAGUUGAAGAUGAGGGAUAUGGAUUGUUUUGAUCGUAAUAAAAAUGUCACUUUUUAAUUGGAGAUUUUGCAAUGUUAAUUUUUAUUGUGGAUGAUUAUCCAAUAAAACAAAAAAGAUUCCUCCAAAACAUGUUAACUCCAGUUGCUCCUCUCAAUUCUACAUGAGAGCAAUAUUAAAACGACGUUGGUGAAAUCUUCAGAUGCUUAUUUUAGUGUCCCGCUCCAGUUGAUGGGGUUCAGAUGCAGCAGCUGUCUCUCCCUCAGGACCUCCUGUGAGCGUGUGAGAGCUCUGUCCCUCCAGCUCUGCUCCAUUAGCUAAACAAACCACAGAGAUAAGAGAUAAACCUCAACACUUUCAAGUGGCUGUUCUGGUAACCUGAUAACCCCCCCAUUAUGAGGCUAAAAAAAGGGUUUUACUUUCUUGUUUUCAUCCCUGUAGAUGAACAUUGCUCCUCUGCGUUGGACCUUCUGUUGUCUGUCGCUGGACAGGUCAAGGCGGUCGACCUCUCGGAGGUGCUCUGCUUCUUUGACCCUGCUUGUCAGCUGCAGCUUGAUGGCUGCGCACUUCUCCUCCAUCUGCUUCUUUAAAUGCUCACGCAGCUCUUUCCUGCAGACAGAAGGCAACUCUUUGUUCACGCUGGAAGCAAACCCUGGUGUCUCAUCUGUACCUGUACUCUUCUCUCUCACCGCUGCUCCCAUAAAAGGGUUUCCUCCACACUUGAUGAUACCUGAAACAGAACUGGUUUAAGCUCGAGGAAUUCAGGACACUGCGGUUGUCGAUCCACCUGUUAUACUCUCUCUUCUGCAUGAUGAGGGUUCUCUGGUGGUUGUGGUGGUGAAUAGCUGGAGUCUCCAGACUGACGGUGCGUUUGUGGACUAAAGGUGGAUGUAAGGGGUCCAGUCUGGGGAUGCUCUGAGAAGGAUUGUGUUCAGUCAAGUAGUAAGACUGAUGUUUGCUGUCAUCAUACCCGUGUACUGCUCCACAAACGGUCAGAGGGGGAAAUCAGUGGAAGCCUAAGGGGGUUAACACAAGGGCAUCGUGGUUCUGAUGGUGCACACACGGGUGUGGCAGCUGCAGUGAUGGCUGCUGUGAUGUAAAAAACCAAAAUAAACAAAAGCAACUCAGCGUAGAUGCACUUGAAUACCAAGCUGCUUACUCACGGAGUAUCAUUUUGCCAGGUCCUUAUCUCUGAGUCAGGAUCUCUCCAGUCAAUCUGUUGCCAGUACAUAGAAUUCUAGUGAAUUAUUACUUACCUUUUCAUCGAUAAAUGAGUCGGUUCGUCCCUCAAGGCUCGGAAUUUGCACAAUGUGUGUUUAGUAACAGUUGCCGUGGGAGUCAGGUCACCAAAAGAAAGCUGCAGUGUGGAGAGUUAAGCCAUGCAUCAGUGCACUCAAAAAGGGAGACCGCUCAGCUGUGACCAUGGAAGGACCAGAGUGUAUGAGCAGCCAGAUGCACGUCACUGAAGCACGUUCAUUAUUUAAAUAAUCCGCAAGAAUUGGUUGUUCUUCUUUUUUUUGCUCCAGAACAGGCAGUUGACUUGACUUGACUUAGGCUGAGGAGAUUUUCCGGCUUCUACAUGGGUGUGACCAACAAACUCAACUCACUCAUUUUUUUUUUUUUAAUCUCAAUGACGGAUGUGAAAUUCUUCAAUAGUUACUGGCCUGAAUUACUGUAAGAACAGAGUCAGUGAGCGCGCAAACGCUUCCUGGUGUGUUUGUAAGCACAAUGACUCCCAAACUUUUCAUUGAAACUUUCAGGCAGAAACCUUUCGAAAACACAAAAUAACACUUUAAUAGACCAACUUCCAUGUGACGUAUGCUGGCAAAAUGUGGAUUUACAUUAGUUUUGAAUGUGUUUUCAUUCACUUUAAAAUGCUGACUCUCUUCUUCAUGUCUUUCAUGUGUCUCGAUAGGAGCUAUGUGACACUACUGCCACCUGCUGUCCAUUUGAGCUCGGUACAUGUAGUACAGAUUAUGUAAAAAAAAAGCAUCAAUAUUAGGUAGAAAAAAAAUGUAUGGAAAUGGGAGGUGUGGCAUCGAUAUGUGCGGCCCACUGCUUUUCUUUUCCUUUGGAGUGUUAGCCUACUUUGUGAUAAUACUGAAAUAACAUUAUUGAGUUGAUAUGUAAAAUAUUUUAAUUACAUAAACAGUAAAACAACCAUACAUGACAGUGUUAUGGUUCCAAUGCGUCCACAGUAUUUUAAAACAGUAUAUUAAAUUCCAUCAUAAUGCAAUGUUGAUAAACGACUGUGGCAUUGGUUUCUUCGGCAACAGCGUCAGAUUCCAAGUGUCUCAUGGUUCUCCCAAAGCCAGGCGUGAUAUUUGUUCAGCUUGUGAUCCUCUGGUGUCACCUUGAACAGAUUAAAUGCAUUAAAUCUACAGUCACGUGACGAUGAAAUCAUAACUGACUCACCUCUCGCCAUUCUUCCACACAGAAGAUUCGGUAUGAGUCAUUACCAUACUUCCCGAUCCCGUGCAGCUCGACUGGGUAACGCCACUGUUUAGUCAGGUAUUCAUCUGUGCAGAGGAAAACAAGGCACAGAUUUGAAAUAACCUAGAGGAACAUGAUUCUGUGGUACUCACCAGAGAACUUGAUGAUGGUUUUGGCUCUGAGCUCAUAAAGGCCAAGAGGCUUCAUGAGUUCAGACAUGGGCUUCCAGUCCGCCUGUCGGGCCGCCUCUGCAGACGGGUACCUGUGAAAAAACUGCCAAAGAACCGGGAUGGCCAUCUUUCCUGUAGAAAUAUUGGAAACAUUUAAAACUCCUGUGCUGUUUUAAAGUGCCAGUCACCACUCACCACUGGUCUUGUUCAGAAAUAUAGUCGCCACCAGAAGCUUCCAUGGGUCAUGGAACAGGGUUUCCUGAACCAGGUUGAAAGGUGAGCGCGGUGGGGUCCACUUCUUAAAGACCUUCCUUCUCGGCGGGCUAAGAGCUAAGACACGACCCGAAUAUAGAUCAUAUUUAAGUUCGACUACAUACCUUUGAUAUUUACCUACCAUCUUGGUGAGCCUUUCUGCAGAAAUAUGGACUUGUUUUUCGCUUGUCAUUGAAGCCUUUGGACUCUGUAAACAAAUGAAAAACAUCCAUUUUAUUUAUAAUCCAUUAUCUAUUUGUUAAUCAUUGAAUAUUUCUUUGUAAUAAAUAGAGGCCUGCUGUCUGUUUAAUGCAACCUAUUUAUCACUACAGUGAUAAAAUAUAAGCAGAGGAAAUAAAAGUGUUUCUUUCACAAGCUGUCAAGACAGUGAAAAUCACACUUACUAUUCUGGCUGCUCCUCUCCAGUGUACCGCUUCCCCCAGUGAUGUCAGGUAAUGCUGCCUCCUCUUCCAGAUCGUGACGGCUGUCAGCCCCAACCGCCGGAUCAGAAUUGUUGUUACCUGGAGUGUGAAUCUGGAUCUCACCUUCUUCGCACUCACUCUCCAAAGCCACGACAUCACAUGGCUGUGUUUCUUUACCCAAGCUCUCCGGUUGGGCUACAGAAUCAGCAAGUCUCAGAAGUUUCUCUUUCAGCAGCCCCACUCUCUGAGGGCUCCUUUGCGUUUUGCGAUUGUCCUCUGUUGUCAUGAGCAGGUUUUGAGCACCACGUGUUUGAAGGUCAUGGCUCAUGUCCAACACAGUUGAAGACUUCAUGUCACCAGGACAGUCACUGUCAUUCGAGCAUGUGAUGUCAGCUGGAUGUAGGGCGCCUGCACAAUGUUCCUUGACUAGUCGUUGAUUCUUCCGCCUCUGUUUCUUUUGGGAUGACGGUAACUCCACUGAU